AGUCGUAAACAUUUUUGUUUUCGAUCAGUUUUCGAUUUUUAUGUAAGAAAUACAUUAUAAGAAGGAAAUCCAAACUCACAGAACACUAAUACUGUCCUAACUUAACAUGGAACAGGAAAAUAAACCUGGUGAAACCGUAACAAAACCUACCGAAGAUUGUGCAAAUAAUACGAUCACGGAGCAAGAAACAAGUACUGUUACUACUCCAGUGGAUCAGAAUAAUGAGACUGAAGCUUCUUCGGAAUUAUCCAAUGCAAAGGAUAUUCAGAAACCCUCACCAAAGAAACCGAAGAAAAGGAAACCUAAAGUGCCUCGAGAUGUUACUGCACCUCGCCAACCAUUAACAGGUUAUGUCAGAUAUCUCAACGAAAGGAGAGAUGUAUUACGUGCUGAACAACCAGAACUGGGCUUUGCAGAAUUGACAAGGCAGCUGGCUAGUGAGUGGAGUAAACUUCCCGCUGAAUCAAAACAACACUAUUUAGAUGCAGCAGACCAAGACAAAGAAAGGUACAUUAAAGAAUGGGCAGAAUACAAGAAAACUGAUGCAUACAAAGAGUUCAGAAGACAACAAUUGGAACAAAAGGAUGCCGGCAGUGUUGCCAAAAAAAUCAAAACCAGUACUAGUAAUGACGCUACCAACCAAACAACAGUUUCAGCACCUGCCCCAGUGGUGGAACAGAAUGUGGUAACUAACAACCCUCCAGCCUCCAACGCAGUGAGGCAACCAACACCACCUCGACCACGACCCUGUAUAACCCCAGCUUCUGGAGAAGAGCUAGCAGGCGACACGGACAUUCCUAUCUUCACAGAUCAGUUUCUUCAACACAAUAAACUACGAGAGUCAGAGCUCAGGCAACUUAGAAAAGCCAAUUCAGAUUAUGAGCAGCAGAAUGCAAUAUUGCAACGUCACGCUGAGGAAGUGGGCGCCGCAACGCAGAGACUCCGCGCCGAAACCGCUGCGGCUGUGGAGAGGACGGCUGCCCUCGUCGCGCAUCGCCGACUCCUGGUCACCGCCUUGGUGAAGGCCCUACAUUCAGUUACAUUGCCUUUACAAGGGGGACCUACUGGCGCGACAGAAAACAAUAUUGAUGAGUACAUGGAGAAAUUGCAAAGUUUUGCUUUAGAAGGGAAGAAUAAUGGUAUUCUGAAACAAGCAAAAGAUGUCCUCAAUAAAGCUGACCUGCCAUCUGCAUAAAUAUAUUUAUUAUUAAACAUUACUAUUGUCUACAGAUCUUAAUCAAAUAAACACAUAAAACAUGUA